UCUAAACCGGAGAAACGAAGGGUUUUAAAAGCAAAUCUGCUGCUUAAGUUAUUGAGCUUAGACAUUUGGUUCAUCAUCAUCAUUUUGUUUAGCCCGUUAGAUCAGAGCUGGUGGCACAAAACAGCCUAAAAGUCAAGCUGACAUCUGGAGUCUGUUCUUCACUUGCUAAACACUCAAGUAGAAAGUUAUUUAUCGCUGCUUAUCGUCAGUUCCGACCAUCAAGAAAAAGCAGAACCCAGUUUACUUCUGAUAUUUACCUUCAGACAACUUUACCACACGUGUAUUUGUGUUGAUCCUCGCAGUCCAGCCGGCUCCAUCAUGGGAAAGUCCAAACAAACAGGAAACCACAAGAGCGACAAGAAGAAGAACAUAGCGAAGACAUGGAAGACAAAGCGCAGGACUAAAGACCUGGACCAGAUCCACUCAGACAUGAAGCCUGAAACAGCAGCCAAACUGCUGCAUCAGGAGGUGGACUACGAUGUCACAGGAUGUGCACAACACUACUGCUUACACUGCGCGAGGUAUUUUGUGGAUAUGAAAUCCUUAAAAGAGCACUUCAAGACUAAAGUGCACAAAAAACGCUUGAAACAGCUGAGAGAAGAGCCCUACACCCAGGCAGAGGCAGAGAGAGCAGCAGGUAUGGGCUCCUACAUCCCUCCUAAAAAAGUUGAAGUGAAGACACAGUCUGUUGAAGAGGACAUGGACUGAGAACUGCCCACUUUCACCUUUUGGACUGAAUUUGCAGAAGCAUUAAUAAACAUCUAUAAUGCUUCUGUUAUCUCUUGCUGCCACAAAUGCAUGGUUAAAUGUUUUAUUUGUGACACAUAACAUUUGUUUUUGCAACCACCUGUUAUAUAAUCUGUUAUCACCAGAUUCAGGAAAGCUUUACCUUAUACUGGGUAAUGUAACGCAACAUGUACCUAUGUAAAUAUUGAGUGUUUGCGCAGCUGUGUGGAAUGCUAAUAAACUAUAUAAAAGAGUGGA